AUGGUGAGGCCAGAGCAGCAAUGGCCACCUCCUACUCCGCAGCAGCAGCAGCAGCAGCAAGAUCAUCAGAACAUGGAUAUUGAUCAUCAUCAUCAUGAUCAUCAGAACCAAGAAGACGAUCAUCAUGAUCAUCAAGAUAAGGAGAAUAUUAUUGGUGGUGAUGAAGAUGAAGAAGAAGAAGAUGAUGAUGAUGAAGAGGAUGAGGAGGAGGAUGAGGGGGAUGGGAACUAUGAGAUAGUGGCAAACAAGCCAGCUCCAGUGGGUGCAGCCGCAGCUGAGUGA